AAACGAGAAUUGAACGUUAUCGACGGCGUCUAUGGUCUAAUCCUGCAACAGCAAUUUCAUUUCAAAUCCCCCGACCGACACCGCUCAAUCGCUGCAGUGCAACCCACCCCGCUGUAACCCCCCGGAAAUCCCCCCACCAGAAGCCCUGUAACACAGCGCAAUGCAUGGGCGGGACAGCGGACGCUAGCGCGGGCACAUCAACCUCGCAUCCUGCGCCGCCCUGCUUUCGGCCUUCUAUUGCAUCGAAAAAGAGAUGCGCUAGGCCGCUGCGGAUUACAGAGGGCCGGCAGCUGAGCCGACAGGGCGCUCUCUUCCACUGGCUGGGCUCCGGCUUGCCGCUGUGGAUGGGCGCUUCACUGGGGGAUGAAAAGGGCUCGUGAUACACAAACAUCAGUCUUCGCUGAGGCCCCAGAUGCGAGGGGUCAUGAGAACGCGAUUUUUGUGGGAUUCGAGAGACUUGUUUCUUUUAUCCGAAGCCAAGGGCCGCGUAUCUUCCCCCCCGGCGAUCUGCCUUUUGCGACUUAUUCCCGCGCCGGUUGCGGUGCAGUCGGAUUUGAAGCCUAUACCGCCUGUAUAAGACGAUGGACUCCAUUGGACAAAGGCGGUUAUGCGGGCGUUAUGUCGAACAUACUGCUGCCCCUCUCCCCCCUUCUUCGAACGCUACUCUUGCAUAUAGCAUGGCAUAACUUGGUUUGGCGUGGACAUCUGAUGGGUAGUGGCGUUGCGCCUUUUGCAUCUUGGCCUCCGUUCUUCGGGAGGAUCAAGGCAUCUGGCUGUGAGGAAAAAGGCGGUGGGUUGGAGUGUGGCAGGUAUGUAUGCACUGCGUCUGGUAUCUCGUGGCUUCGUUCUGCUGCUCGUUCGUCUUAUCUCAUCACAUUCUAUCCAUGACAGGUCGCGAGCCGCAUGGCCGAUGGCGGCGCCGCA